AUGCAAAGCAAGCCCCGGCUGGUAACCGGUGAGUUUUUCUUCAAGUCUGAGGCGGAUCAAAUGAAAUUGCAACUCCUUCAACUGGCCUGGAAUGGUACUGUCUCAGUUGAAAGGCUCCUUGACGUCAAAACUCGAGCCUAUCAAUACCUCCUACUCGACAUUCAACAUGAAAUGAUGGUACAAAUGCGUCGACAUGAUGGCAUCAAACUUUAUGGACGACACGCAAACAUGCAUUCAGUACGUCAGUGCUGCAGUUAA